AUGACGACAACCUUCAAGGUCAAGGAGCUCCCGAGCUUCCCGACGGCCUGGACGGCGCCCUCAUCAUGUUUCGCCACGACCAACUACUACCGCGUGCUGCUGGGCUCCGGCUACUUCAGCAACAUGUACGGUACGCCCACACCCGUGGGCACCGGUAUCUGGCCGACCGGUGACUGUUGGCCGCCCUCAUCCACGCCGCGGAUCCCGUAUGUCACCGAUGGCGGUUGUCCCACAGGCUUCACGCGCGCGUGCGCGACAGCCGGGCCGGACUAUAAGGGGAAGCCCAUGAGCACCGUGACGUGCUGUCCCAGCGUCACCGACAAUGUUUUCUCAUUCAUGUGCCGGGAUAACCAAUAUGGGUGCCACGCGACGGCGACAUCGGGCGUGGUGUGGACUGGUGUGAUCACAGAUAUCGGCUUAGCUACUCCGACCGAGGAGCCUGUCACUCGCACACCCAGUUUACAGGAGGGUAUCGAGGCGUGGGGAAUCAAGCUGAUCUCGGUAAGCAUGAACACCUUAGCCGCCCAUCAUUGCUCCUCUCUCGCCUUUACUGACGGUACAACCAUCCAGGUGGCCCCUGACUCCACCAGCGCAACCACAAAACCACACCCCACUAGUCCCUCCGAAACCGCCAACCCAACCCAGUCCUCUUCCCCAGAUUCCGGUGGUCUCGGCACCGGUGGCAUCGUCGGCGUAGCCAUCGGCACCGUCGCCGCCGUGGCCAUCCUCGCCUUCCUCGCCUUCUUCCUAUAUAGCCGUCGCAAAAAAGCCAACCCCAAUUCCUCAGGGUCAACCUGGGACCAGAACAGCAACCACCCCUCCGGCGGCGGACCCCAAUACCAGUACCUCCCCACCGGCCCAGCCGGAAACGGCGGACCCGCAAGCCACAACGGCAGCAGCGCAGUCGACGGACAACACACGCCCUACAGCCAAAGCCACUACGCCCCCUCCCACCAACACCAACCCUCCUCCGUCACUGGCUACUACCACCCACAACAGCAACACGACGGCCAAACCCUCUCCUCCGCCGGCCACACCCUCUCCUCCGCCGGCCACACCCUCUCCUCCGCCGGCCACACCCUACCGACAUCCCACAGCCCAGGCAACAAUGGCGCGUCUGCACCGUACGCUGUCCCGCCCGAAAACAAAUACGUCUACCAGCUGGAUACGAACCCUAAUGCUCAGAUGUUAUACUCGCCUGAGAUGGACCCGCAUCAUAAUCGGGAAUAUUCGCAGUUGGCUGUGCCUGGUGCGCCGCAGCAGGGUGGGACGGGGACGACGGGGGCUACGGGGGGUGUGAAUUUGAGGCCUAUGUCGGAGAUGCAGGCUUGA